AUGCCUUUAGACCUGGCAGUGUCGACCUGUCUCGACAAUUUGCCUUUUGCCAGCGGCGUGGCGAACCUUUUAACGGAUAUAUUGUCCGUGACAAUAUCCCUUGCCAUGCUCAGGGACCUUCUGCCGCUGACUUCUGAUUCUCAAAUCGAGCAGCAUAAUAUGAUCUCGACCAUCCUUGAAGUCCAAAUGCAAUCUUCGGUGCCUGCUUCUGGUUCCUGUACCGGCCAGACGCAGUUGGAGACGUUAACGCGCGUUCAAGCUGGAGCCAACCAGACCACAAUCCUGAAAUUCCCCUUUCUCUCACCUGGCCAAUAUGGGCUUUCCAAGGCUGGGAAGCGAGCUGCGAUUUUUGUCGGGUCCAACAGCAACUCGUGGACGGUGCCAAAAGUCUCCCUGGCCCAACACAACCCAGGCUCCUCCUCGGUUCAACCGGGCUCAGGAGACAAGAAUCGUGUCAUGACGCUAAGGCAGGCUGAAGCGGUCAGAUACAUUUUGUUGGACUCUGGGCUGACGCCCAUUUGCUCGCAGGAUGAGGCGGUGGGCGUCAAUCUAUGCCCUUAUCGAGCUAGGCCGGUGCAAGACUCCAGUCCAUGA